GUUACAGGCACUAGAAUUUUAGCAGUCAACAAAACAAGUCAGAAUCCUCACUCUCACAGAGUUUAUUCUUUAUUGGGGGAAAAGAGAAGAGUUAAGAAAAUCAAGAGAGCCAGGCAUAGUGUGAUAAGCCUUUCAUCCCAGCAGUCAGGAGGCAGAAGCAGGAGGAGUUCUAUGAGUUUGAUUGAGGCCAGCUUACUCUUCCAUAGAGACCCUCUCAAAACAAACAAAAACCAAAGAGAAUUAAAAUGAAAUACUAAAGCAUUAAAUGGUGGUGAGUGUCCUGGAGAAAACUAGGAGUAGUGUUCGGGGACUGAGGGGAGACUGCAGUCCCAAAGACGCUCUUUAUGGAAGCUCUCACUUAAGAAAUGAGACAUUUAAACAAGGCUUAAAGCCUAUGAUAUAGGAAGCUCUGGGCAUUGGUAGUUAGGAGACAGUUUUUGAGGACAGUCUCAGAGGAAAAGGCCAACCUCCCCAUUCUCGGAGCAGCCAGGAGUCAAGGUGAAACACGAAGGCCUGCUGAAAAUGACUGAGUAUAAACUUGUGGUGGUUGGAGCUGGUGGCGUAGGCAAGAGCGCCUUGACGAUACAGCUAAUUCAGAAUCACUUUGUGGAUGAGUAUGACCCUACGAUAGAGGACUCCUACAGGAAACAAGUAGUAAUUGAUGGAGAAACCUGUCUCUUGGAUAUUCUCGACACAGCAGGUCAAGAGGAGUACAGUGCAAUGAGGGACCAGUACAUGAGAACUGGGGAGGGCUUUCUUUGUGUAUUUGCCAUAAAUAAUACUAAAUCAUUUGAAGAUAUUCACCAUUAUAGAGAACAAAUUAAAAGAGUAAAGGACUCUGAAGAUGUGCCUAUGGUCCUGGUAGGGAAUAAGUGUGAUUUGCCUUCUAGAACAGUAGACACGAAACAGGCUCAGGAGUUAGCAAGGAGUUACGGGAUUCCGUUCAUUGAGACCUCAGCAAAGACAAGACAGGGUGUUGACGAUGCCUUCUAUACAUUAGUCCGAGAAAUUCGAAAACAUAAAGAAAAGAUGAGCAAAGAUGGGAAGAAGAAGAAGAAGAAGUCAAGGACAAGGUGUACAGUUAUGUGAAUACUUUGUACUCUUUCUUAAGGCACACUUAAGUAAAAGUGUGAUUUUUGUACAUUACACUAAAUUAUUAGCAUUUGUUUUAGCAUUACCUAAUCUUUUUUUUUCUUCUGUUCGUGCAAACUGUCAGCUUUUAUCUCAAAUGCUUAUUUUAAAAGAACAGUGGAAACCUUCUUUUUUCUAAGUGCCAGUAUUCCCUGGGUUUUGGACUUAAACUAGCAAUGCCUGUGGAAGAGACUAAAGACCUGAGACUCUGUCUUGGGAUUUGGUGCAUGCAGUUGAUUCCUUGCUAGUUCUCUUACCAACUGUGAACACUGAUGGGAAGCAGGAUAAUGAAGCUUCCGGACCAUCCCUGCUCUGUGUCCAUCUACUCAUCCAAUGGAGUCAUUAGCAGUCAAUCGCCGCUUCACUGGACACUGAGGGGUCACAGACUUAGGCUCCCUUUGAGUCGCGUCCAGCGUGUCCUAGACUUUAUCAUCUUUCAGAGGCGUAGGCAGACUGUUCACAAAGGCUUUCUGUAGCUUUCCACUGCAAUUAAUCUUGGUCACUCCCUCAAAUAGUAUAUUUUUUCUAGAAAAGGGGAAAAAUGGAAAAAAAAAGGCAAUGGAAAAUGUUGAAAUCCAUUCAGUUUCCAUGUUAGCUAAAUUACUGUAAGAUUCCUAUAAUAGCUUUUCCUGGUAAGGCAGACCCAGUAUGAAAUAGUAAUAACCAUUUGGGCUAUAUUUACAUGCUACUAAAUUUUUGUAAUAAUUCAAACAACUUUAGCAUAUAUAAAAAGUUCUCAUAAGAAUUAAGUACAAUUCCCCUUUGUCAGAUUGUUCUUAUCCUAACUUUCAAGUCUUUUUUGAAUUUCUGUUGUUGAAAGUAGUUUUAAUGGUUGUGAAGCUGAAGAUGAUCUGAGACAGUUAUAGCUUGGCAGGUGUUGAGGAGACCAGAGUUGCAGGGUUGGGCCUUACGUGAACCUGUGACGAACGCUACUGGGUUUUGCAGCACUGCUGCAUUCAAUGUUGGCGACGCAUUGUUUGGUCAACAUAGGGGAUAAGGAGACUUUGAUGGCUUAGUAUAAUGCAUUCUCACCAUGUAACAGUCCUACUGACAAAUCAAGAAAUUUGUUUAUAAUAAUAAAAAAUUUUUAAAAAUUUCGAUGUUCGCUUCAAGGUUGAGAUUUUGGGGUAGGAGGCUACAACAAGAGUAAAUCUUAAAGCAAGGUUUUAAGAAGGUUUGAAAAUGCAGGUUUGACUAGUCUCUCAACUCUAGCUAAACAAACAUUCCCAAGUACUUCCCAAAUCUGAUAGGUAUUUAAAAUUAUCUAAUGCUUUAAGAAUAGUUAACAGGAAAAAAAUCUCCUCAGUGCACUUAAAGCAACCCUUCACAUCAUUUGAAAUGAGAUGGAAAUAUCACUGGACUAUGAGGACUGGAUGUCUGUCUGAUUUUAAGCAAAUCACUGUCUGCUUGGUUUUGAAUCAUCUCAAAGACAUUAACCUCCCAGCCGUGUAACAUAGUUUACAUGUUGACACACCUAGUUAUCAAGCUCAGCACAAUCUGUAACUGUUUUACAUGGAUUAACAUCUUCACUGCCAGUCUUGGGCAAAUUGUGCAAGAGGUAAAAUUUAUAUUUCAGUAUCCAUUCUCCCAUUUCAGGACUCCCCUCCAACAUUAUGCUGGCUUUCAGCCUGUCUCUCACCUGCCCAUCACUUAGUGUAGUUUUAAUAAUUUCCCCCACUUCAAACUUUGUUUCCACUAUGGACAACUUCAUGAACUUUGCCCACUAAGGUAGGUACAUCAAAGCUGCCCUAUGGCUUUCUUCCCCGGGACUGAAAAUAACAGACACCAUAGUGGGAUUUAAACUAAUAGAUGGUUUUCAGGGCCACUACAACAAUUCAAUCUCAAUCCUUUGGACUUCAUUCCUGCUGCCCAGGCCACUGGUGCCUCAGUAGGAAUUUUCAAAAUUAGUGUGAACAGACAGAGCACAGUCCAGUGGAAGGUGAGCUUAAUCUUCAUCUAGCCAUCAUCAUGGUAAGUGAUAGAUUCUAUUGUUUUAAUAAAUACAGUCUAACAAUGAAAAACACUUCGAAGUUUCAAUCAUAAAGCUGUCUUUUUAAAAAUUUUAUUUACUCAACAUUUAUUCAGUGCUUGUCAUAUUCUGGGAAUUACACUAGGCACUCAGGGUGCGGUGUCCUCAAUCCUUGGCCAGUGGUAUGUAGCAUGAUCUGUAAUACCACUAAAUAAGGCAUAUAGCAUAUGACUUAGACAUAAUGAAAUACAUGAUUUGAGUUUUGCAGAGAGGAGUUUGGGUUUGUACAUUCCCUUCCCCCCCAGUUUAGCAAGAAUUGUUUGCUGUGAAUCCAAUGCAACUUUUAAAUCAAACUACUUUAUAUAAUUAUUUCAUUUUUCUAAAGGAACAGAAGUACCCUAAACUAUUUUUUUGAAAUGUUCUAAACUGUACAUAUUCAUAGAACAUUCUUUGGGUGAAUUUUAAGUCUUAAAAUGCAAUUAGUAAUACUUCUCAUUUCUAUUCAGAGGAACAGGUGUACUUCAAAAGCUGCAGUGUAUAAUCAGAUAUUUUUAAUGGACAAUGUGUUAAAGAAGUGGUAAUUACCACUAUGUAAAUUUGAAUUGUGUUACACUUUGGUUAACAAAAGGGGAAAGAAUCCUAGAAACAAAUAUGUUAUCUAGUUACUGCAGCCUUAAAGUCCUUGUUGAAGUUAAAAAGCAAUGCUAAGUUACAGUCAUAGGCAUUAACAUGUUUAUGGGAAGGAUAUAGUAGGCAAAUACAAUUUGAGUAAAUAUUUUCAGUAGGGAAUUUUAGGCUCUACUGACUGAGUCACACUGCAUAGGAAUUUAGAUCUUAACUUUUAUAGGUUAUCGACCUUUGCCACCAUUGCACAAUUUUGUCCUAACAUAAAUACAAGUUCUGUGAGGCAUGUCAAAAGUUACAGUUUGCAUAAAUUCAUCUCAUUUUGUAUUCCACUGAUUUUACAUUUUCCUCAAACAUACAUACAUACAUACAUACAACACACACACACUCACACAUGAAGGGUUUUUUUUUUGUAGGCAAUAAAAAUUUAACUAAUUUCCAUUUGUUAAAAAGUAGUGAUUUAUUGAGAAUUAUGCAGUCAUUUUUUAAACCCAAAAGUUAUUUAAAGGUGAAUUUAUACUCAAUAACUUCUGUGUAAUACUGGGUAGCAUGAAUUCUGCAUUGAAAAAUUGAACAGAUAAUACCAAUAGCUGUAAAUUCUGUCAAAACAUGAAAAUUAUUUCUAAAGAAGUACAUUAGUUUUCAAAGAACAGUUAUUAGAAUCAGAUCUGUGGUUUAGUUCAAUAAUUUGAAGUGCCUGUUUGGGAUGGUGGUAGGCAUUUUAGAUGAAUUUGGGAAAAAUAAAGUUCUGCAGAAAUGCCAGUUUCAGACCCCGCUAACCCGCUGAGUGGGCUGUGUGCUGUGUUAGCUCCAGUGCCCCAAUCCCGUUUCAUGUCUUCAUGUUGAAACACUUCUGCAUUUUUAUUUGAGUGCCAAUUUCUUACUAGUGCUAUUUCUUAGUGUAACAUGUUUACCUGGGAUGUAUUUUAACUAUUUUUGUAUAGUGUAAACUGAAACAUGCACAUUUUGUACAUUGUGCUUUCCUUCUUUCCAUUCCUUUUCUUUCUGUUUUGUUUGUUUGUUUGUUUGUUUGUUUGUUAUGGGACAUAUGCAGUGUGAUCCAGUUGUUUUCCAUCCUUUGGUUGCGCUGACCUAGGGAAUGUUGGUCAUAUCAAACAUUAAAUUUAAAAGUGACCACUCUUAAUUAAAAUUAACUUUUAAAUGUUUAUAGGAGUACGUGCUGUGAAGUGAUCUGAAAUUUGUAAUAUUUUUGUCAUGAACCGUACUGCUCCUAAUCAUUGUAAUGUAAUAAAAAUAGUUAUGGUGACUA